AAUCUACCAAGUUGCUGUAGGUGAGUGAGGUGAGGCGAUGAACUACAGAAAAGCUAAUCGAUGACCAAGAGGCGUUUCCUCAAUAUCAAGAAGCGAGCUGAAAGAAGUCUAUUUGUUUCAUACUAGCUCGUGAAAAAUGCGCUGUAUAUCAUGCAUUGAACAUUGGGCUUUGGAGCAUAGUUCAAAACAUUUGCUUCCGCUGAAAUGGACGAGAGGACUCCUCUGGUAUCUGCUGUCCCGGAUACUCGUGUAGGCCCUUCUGCCACCCGACCGGCCAUCGAGAGGGCAAUUACAAGCGAUGGUGAAUCUCAGGCUACUGUGAAUUGUCAAGUAUGCCGGCAAGUUAUAACGUUUUCCCCUCGUGAGAGGCAAAUGGUUGUUCGAUGUCCUCACUGCUCUGAAGCUACGCCCAUCAAAGGUCCACCUACAGGGAAGCAAUAUGUAAGAUGUCCGUGCAACUGUCUACUGGUGUGCAAUGAGUCCACAAGCAAGGUUGGGUGUCCUCGUCCAGAAUGUCAAAAAGUCAUCGUUCUUCGUGAGGAGGAUGGUAGUGGUAAUCGAGGUUUACAUGUCCAAGGUACACAUGGAACGUUUGGUAUCCCACCAAGUCUGCGUUUAACUUGUGGAAGUUGCAAUUUCCCAUUUUCUAUACCAUCCCCUGAAACCUUGUCUGGUCGUACAAAUGCACUAAUUGCAGUCUUGUCUGGUAGAAAUGCCUCUGAGGCAGCCGGUCUGAUAAAAGCAAAAUGUCCACAUUGUCACAAAGUCACGUCUGUCGGUCCAGCCUACGCUCGUUCACGUUGGAUCACCUUUACUAUUUUCACUGUAAUCGCCUUGAUUAUAGCAAUCAGCGUAACUGCCGGGACCGCCGAAGCAGCAAAAUCAAACAGUGCAUUAUAUUUCCUUUGGUCGGUUCUCUAUCUGAUCGCUCUAGCUCUGUUUGUAAGAGCCGUGGUGUAUAUGAUCAUGCCAGUCAGUUCAGUAGAAGUGCCUACUUUACAAAUUUAACGAUCACACCUGCUUCGUUGCCAAUGUGUGACUAUGACAAAUUUACCAAUUGUCAAUGUGAAGCAUCCUCUUUGAAAGAAAAAACAAAGCAACAACUCAUAAAUGAAAAUUGAUCAUUAGGAUCUCACUGAUUUUUUACUUACACACACACACACACACACACACACAAUUUGAACUCCUCCCCACCCUAUGUCCCCUACCAUGUAACUACCAGUGUCGCAAUAACACAUUUUUGAUUGUAUUGUUCCAAACAUUCGUGUGGUUGUUUAUUGUUGCGUAUGGGAAACAACAACAGCAAAAGAAAAACAGACAGAACCACUAACAAACUGUGAAAUCUUCACUACUCUUAAUUUCGUUCAUUCAGUCAUUAUUUUGUUUGUCUUUUUUUUAUUAUAUUUAUAUAUGAUUUGGUAGAUGGAAUAAGAUUGAAUGAUAAUGACAAUAAUAAUGAUAAUAUUAAUAAUCGAAAUAUUUUUUUCCGGUGAAUUUUCUGUGUAAUUAUUAUUGUUUGUCCAUCUCUCUCUACAUUAACAAAACUUGAUCAUUGUAUGCAGAAAAAAAUGAACGAUAAUAUAUGAAUGAGAUAAAAAAAUAUGCACACAAAAUGUACAAUUUAAACAAAAAUAUGCGCAUAUAUACAUAUAUGUGUGUGUGUGAUACUGGUGAAUCUAUCUUUAUUCUGUGUUUAUUCACCUAAUGACCGACUGGAGCACUUCUAUUAACAAAACAUAAUAUACACAUGCUGUCAUAAGAAAUCCUGUGCUACUGCAGUUGUCAAUUGAUCAUUUAUUCUUUGAUUGGUAUUUAAUUGCAUUCAUUAAAAUCAGCUGGAGUUUUUUCAACUACUAUUCUUUUAUUUGUGCUACUUCAUUGGUACAGUUCAAUCUAUUUAAAAGAUUAUUAUCAUAA